AUGACUGCCCAAGCCCUAUACCGAAACUUGCUUCGCCAAGCCAAGCAAGUUACAGAUUACAACUUUCGAUCCUAUUCGAUUAGACGUGUCAAGACAGGAUUCCGCAAGAAUCAACAGUUGCAGGGAGACGAAGCCGCUGCUGCCAUCCAAGAUGGUCAUGUACAAUUGGAGGUUCUCAAGCGACAAGUUAUACUUGGAAAGCUCUACCCAGGUGCUGCAAGUGUAAUGGAUAGUCCAAACCCCAUCAUCGCUUAA